ACUCGGGACUAGAGAGCGAGCUACAGGCAGCAACCUAGCGGAGACCGGCCCAACUGGGCGAGCGUACGGCCAUGGCCCCGUGGCUGCAGCUCUGCUCCUUCUUCUUCACUGUCAACGCCUGUCUCAACGGCUCGCAGCUGGCAGUGGCCGCGGGCGGCUCCGGCCGCGCGAGGGGCGCGGACACCUGUGGCUGGAGGGGAGUGGGGCCGGCCAGCAGGAACAGCGGACUGCACAACAUCACCUUCAGAUACGACAACUGUACCACCUACUUGAAUCCCGGCGGGAAGCAUGCGAUUGCUGAUGCUCAGAACAUCACCAUCAGCCAGUACGCUUGCCACGACCAGGUGGCAGUCACCAUUCUUUGGUCCCCAGGGGCCCUUGGCAUUGAAUUCCUAAAAGGAUUCCGAGUCAUCCUGGAGGAGCUGAAGUCGGAGGGCAGACAGUGCCAACAGCUGAUUCUAAAGGACCCCAAACAGCUCAACAGCAGCUUCAGAAGGACUGGAAUGGAAUCUCAGCCUUUCCUGAAUAUGAAAUUUGAGACGGAUUACUUUGUAAAGAUUGUCCCUUUCCCUUCCAUUAAAAAUGAAAGCAAUUACCAUCCCUUCUUCUUCAGAACACGGGCCUGUGACCUGUUGUUACAACCUGACAACUUGGCCUGUAAGCCUUUCUGGAAGCCUCGAAACCUGAAUAUCAGCCAGCAUGGUUCUGACAUGCACGUGUCCUUCGACCAUGCCCCGCAGAACUUCGGCUUCCGUGGCUUCCAUGUUCUCUAUAAGCUCAAGCACGAAGGCCCCUUCAGGCGGAGGACUUGCAGGCAGGACCAGAAUACAGAGACAACCAGCUGCCUCCUCCAAAACGUUUCUCCAGGGGACUAUAUCAUUGAGCUGGUGGAUGACAGCAACACCACCAGGAAAGCUGCUCAGUAUGUGGUGAAGUCAGUGCAGUCUCCCUGGGCUGGACCCAUCAGAGCUGUGGCCAUCACUGUGCCUCUGGUUGUCAUAUCUGCGUUCGCAACCCUGUUCACUGUGAUGUGCAGAAAGAAGCAACAAGAAAAUAUAUAUUCACAUUUAGAUGAAGAAAGCCCGGAGUCGUCCACAUACGCUGCGGCUCUCCCCAGAGACAGGCUCCGGCCUCAGCCCAAGGUCUUCCUCUGCUACUCCAAUAAAGAUGGCCAGAAUCACAUGAACGUGGUCCAGUGUUUCGCCUAUUUCCUGCAAGAUUUCUGUGGCUGUGAGGUGGCUCUGGACUUGUGGGAAGAUUUCAGCCUCUGCAGAGAGGGGCAGAGAGAAUGGGCCAUUCAGAAGAUCCACGAGUCCCAGUUCAUCAUUGUCGUGUGCUCCAAAGGCAUGAAGUACUUUGUAGAUAAGAAGAACUUCAGACACAAAGGAGGCAGCCGCGGCGAGGCGCAAGGCGAGUUCUUCCUGGUGGCCGUGGCAGCCAUUGCUGAGAAGCUCCGUCAGGCCAAGCAGAGCUCAUCUGCCGCACUGCGCAAGUUCAUCGCCGUCUACUUCGAUUAUUCCUGUGAAGGGGAUGUACCCUGCAGCCUGGACCUGAGCACCAAGUACAAGCUCAUGGACCACCUUCCUGAGCUCUGUGCCCAUCUGCACUCAGGAGAGCAGGAGGUGCUGGGUCAGCACCCAGGCCACAGCAGCAGAAGGAACUACUUCCGGAGCAAAUCGGGCCGCUCCCUGUAUGUUGCCAUUUGCAACAUGCACCAGUUUAUUGAUGAGGAGCCUGACUGGUUUGAGAAGCAGUUUAUACCCUUCCAACAUCCCCCUGUGCGUUACCAGGAGCCAGUCCUGGAGAAAUUUGACUCAGGCUUGGUUUUAAAUGAUGUCAUAAGCAAACCAGGGCCAGAGAGUGACUUCUGUCGGAAAGUCGAGGCUUGUGUACUUGGGGCCGCUGGGCCAGCCGACUCUUAUUCAUACCUGGAGAGUCAGCAUGUAGGCCUGGACCAAGACACUGAGGCCCAGCCCUCCUGUGAUAGUGCCCCUGCCUUGCAGCCCCUGUUACACGCAGUGAAAGCUGGCAGUCCCUCAGAGAUGCCACGGGACUCAGGCAUAUAUGAUUCUUCUGUACCCUCAUCAGAGCUCUCUCUGCCUCUGAUGGAGGGACUCUCUCCGGAUCAGAUAGAAACAUCUUCUCUGACCGAGAGUGUAUCUUCCUCCUCUGGCCUAGGUGAGGAGGACCCCCCUACCCUCCCUUCCAAGCUCCUUGCCUCUGGGGUGUCCAGAGAACAUGGUUGCCACAGCCACACUGACGAACUGCAAGCGCUUGCUCCUUUGUAAGGACUCGGAAGAGUCUAAGCAUCGCCACUUUAGCUGCUGAUCUCUCUGGCUCCCCAGUUCACCUCUGUGGUUGUGCAGCCUACUUGGAGCUGAAGGCGCACACGGGGAUAUCUGGAAUGAAAUUCUGGCUAGCACUCGAUCUGUUCUGCUCCAGCCUUCUAAGGGAUACUUAGCAAAGUCUCCAGUUUCCCAAAAGCAUAUGGAACCCUGAAAGGCAUGUCCAUUAGAUCUGACUGCAGCUGUCCAUCUCAGACUGAUCCUUGGAUCUGAGCCUGCUCUGAGAGGGGUAGAGUGGAAACAGGUAACGAGAAAUAGGAAAGCUCCCACACAGCCUGCUCUGGCUUCACUUGAACUCUGGCUACUUAAACUCAAAAUGCUUUGUGGAAAAGCCCUCUCGGCAUCCUUACAGCUUACUUACCCAUGUCAAGUACUGCUGGGACCCAGGCUGCGCUGCAGGUCAUGUUUCUGUCCAUUUUGAUGUGGAACUUACACUGUCCUGAGUGUUAAGUAAACCUUGAGUCCAAGGUCCAGACAAUGAUUGAACAUUCAUCCAGUCACGUUUUGUAAAACAGCUCUCUCUCUCUUACUGGGAAACAUGACCAACCAGGACAGAAUCCUGUGGGGCUGGACCAUCUUGUUUGUCCUACGUGAAACUGGCUGAUUAAUGUGCAGACGUUGUCAGGACCUGGGCGUUUUCCCUGCAUCGAGGUAGCCAUCUCAUGGGAGCCUUAGCCAUCUGUUUAGUUUCUCCCUGGGCUACAUUUACUGCUCUGUAGCUCGGGUGGUGACGGCUGGACGUGGAGGACUGCUAUCCAUUACUCAGCUGGGCAGCAACAUUAUUAGAAUCGUGGUUUGUAUUUUGGCUGGUGCCGUGUCUUGAAUUUUAGAGGUCAGAAUCCACUAAUACUCGUCAGUGUACGGGAGACGGUGGCCAGUUAAUCUGCUGGUUUUGACAAGUGACAAACCUCCUUUUCAGAAGGCAGAAAGGAGGGGAUUGUUACAAAAGUAAAUGUUCUAUUUUUAUGAAUGAAUCUUGUACAGAAAUUCUGUUUCCAAAGGUAAACCAUCUCUUCCUAUCCUGUACCUUAAUUAGAUGUAUAUAACGAUGAGUCUGUCUCCCCCUUAGAAACCUUUAUCCCUUGCUCUGGCUCACUUGGUUUGAGCAUCCUUCUCCACUGUUAGCAUGGGUGCUGUUGGAUUUUGGCAGCCUAUCUUCUCAGCAUUCUGUUACGAACCAUUGAUUUUUCUUACUACUCCACCAGAUUGGACCAGCAUUAAGGGGGUUGCUGAGAAAGAUCCCAAGGUCAGGUGUGGAGGUGAGAUGAGCCGGGGAUUUCCCUUCUAGGCACCUUUGCAGUGGGGUGGGGGGUGGGGGAAGGGAGCCCUUAGUUCCUGCUGAGAAGAAGCGGUUUGUGUGCAUUUUGGAUGGAAACACCCUUCUCCCUGCUCUGCACAGGCAGCUGGCAGCUUCUCAGGAGAGCGUGCUCCACAUGUUCUCUAGCAGAGAACAGAGCAGCUGCUCUGGGCAAGCUGUGAGCUGGUCUCGCAGUAAAACCAGGCAUCUCUGCAGAGGAGUUCACGCCAUAUUAUCACUGUGGAAUCCAGACUGAGCAGACAGAGCUCCCACCUCCAUGAGGCUCUCCUGGCCGUGCUCAGUCUUGGCAUUCAUUCUGUGAGGGAGAUUGGUGGGCCUAAAUUGCUAAUGUAUGACCGUUCCCUGGGAACAUCAUCAGAGAAUGUUUUUCUCUUUUUAAAUUGAGGCCAAGAAAUAUUUUAUCCCCCCCCCCAAAGAGCCAUUAGAAACCACAUUUCGGAUAGAUACUGAGCUUUGCAUGUGGAGUGUGGGGUCCCUGAGAGUGCCCAGGAGCAGCAUGGGGCCCUGGGUGGAGGAGGGCUUAGCUUCACUGGAUCCCAGGCCCAGGCUCGAUGCAUGAACUCAGAUGAGGAAACUGGAGGGCAGCCCUGUGAGCCAUCUAGCUUGCUAGUCCAAAAAGUCAGAGUCAGGUGAAGUUUUGUUUGUGUUUAGCCAUUGGGUGACUUUAUUUUGACAUACAAGUGUUUUUGAUCAGAAGAGAGAGCCAGAUUCUAACGUGCCAGGUGAUGGUUUCUUAGCCCUGAAGGAGCAGAUAGUGGGCGGAGCCAUAGUAUUAGCCAGCCUCUUUCCCAUACACCUCAUCGUUGAGCCAGGAAUGAGAAUGGCCUUGCAGAUUAAGGCAAGGUGCCAGUUCUGACAAGGCACAAGCUUUUUGAUGCUAACGGGAGAUGGGGUUGGGGCUGAGAGUGAAUGGUUUGUGGGGAAAUAGACCAGGUCCUUUGCGGGGGAGGGGGGCAAAGGUGAGACGGGUGUGAGGGGGGCUAGGGUACCAGGAAACCAAGAAAGAAAGUUGUUGACCUGUGUUUAUGCGUGCCCUACAGGUGCUUCUCAUGCAUCUGGCCCAGAGGUGAGUCAGAAAUGUAGCUCACCUGCCCUUGAAGCGCAGACCUACCCAGCCAUUGUGGCUCAUGUUGCUAAUUUUCUUGACAACCUUUAGUGGUAGGUCCUCUGACUUUAUAUAAGUAACUAAAUAGGAAGCUGUUCCCCCAAAAGUGUGGGGUUGCAGGAGCUUUUCAGAGGAAGAGGGAAGCUGUGUUAUUCCUGGAGCCAAAAUGACACACCCUCACUCCAGACAGAAAGGGAAAUAGGAAGUCCCUAGCUACCCCGACACAAGAGAACACUCCGCUGGUACUGGGGAAAGGUAGGCAAUGCCAACGUGGAGAUUUCUAGUCUUUUUAAAAAUCUUCCAUCACUGGGCAUGGCUGCUGGUAAUUGGCAAAGUUUGUGUUUUCUGGGGCACCUGUAUACCCCGGCAUAAGGAAAACAGUAACAUAGCACCUUGAAGAGAGACAUCAGGGCGUGGCACCGACUGGGGCAAACCAAGGCACCCUUGUCCAGCCUUCAGCAGUGUUUCCUGGGCUUCUUGGUUUUCAAGAAAAGCUGAGGAUGUCUCAUUUUGAAGCUGUCAAUGCCUAGCGCUGGCAAGACAGCUCAGAAAGUACAAGCAUUUCUGAAACAAACCCAGACAACGUACCCACAGUGGAAGGCGUGAAGCAACCCUGUCCCAAAGUUGUCUUCUUUGGCUUCCUCAUGCUGGCUGUGAUGCUCACAGAUACCGGGGUGUGUGUGUGUGUGUGUGUACGUGGGUGUGCACGAGUGCAACACCAAAACCACAUGCAACAACAACAACAAACAACAACAAAAGCUAAAUAUUAGCAAUUAAGCUUUGGAAACUACUUAAAUGAACCCAGGACCAAUAGAACAUGUAGAUAGAUCUAAUUUUGCCCAGUGGCUGCCAGGUUGUGAAUUCUGCUUUGUAAGAUGGGAAAUGAAAACCAGCCACAGUAAUUGCGCAUAUGUGGGGCCCUGGGGAAAGCUGUAUUAGCCCUAUCUAUCUUUCAGACAAACUUGAUGCUCUUCUGAUGAUUUUGCUUCUUAAAACAGGGUCUCGGCCAGGCUAUGGUGGCCCACGCCUUUAAUCCCAGCACUUGGGAGGCAGAGGCAGGUGGAUUUCUGAGUUCGAGGCUAGCCUGGUCUACACAGCCAGGGCUACACAGAAAAACCAACCAACCAAAAAACCAAAAACCAGGGUCUCAUGUCGCCCGGGCUAGCCUUGAACUUCUGAUACUUCUUUCUCUCUCUGGUGUGCACAUGACCCAUAGCCUUAAUAUGAUUUUGAAUACGUUCUAAGCAUUUUGAUAGUGUCUUUUAUAUUUCAUAAUUCUCAAGAGAAAGGCAGGUCAGCUGUUUUUUAUUGGUGGUGGUGAUUUUUCAAGAUAAGGUUCUCUGUGUAGCCCUGGCUGUCUUGGAACUCGAUCUGUAGUCCAGGCUGGCCUCGAACUCUUAAGAUACACCUGCCUUCGCCUCCCGAGUGCUGGGAUUAAAGAUGUGCGCUGCCUCCACUGCCACCGCCAUCAUUCUGCUGCUGUUAAUUUCAAAGUCAGAUCUCUAUCGUCCCAUAUUAAAAAGCAGGCAGCAGUUGCAUUUAAGCCCCAGUCUUUAGGGCCUUAUUUAUAGUUUAGUUCUAAUUGCCAUCAUGUUUUUAUGUGUGGUGCAAUUCUGAGGUUAGGCCAGGGUGUUAUUAGGGGAAUUUAUUUGGGGGACCCAGAGUGCCCUCAUACUGUGUUUUGCCGUCUUCCUUUCUCUGAAGUCUGGGACAGGGUCUUCUGGAGGAAUGCUAUAGGAGGUGGCAAAAUGCUCUUCUAUUGUUGAGACACCAGGUAUCCCCACAGUGUUUGGCCCUUGUCAUAUCACCACAUUUCCAGACCCAAGGGGGAAAGUUGGCCAAAGGAGAGCCAGCUGGAAGCGGUUGGUUCGGUUCCGGUUUUAGAACUUGGGGGCAAAGAAAGGCUGAACUCACCCAGUGUGAUCCCUCAGCGACUCAAGGCAGGCUGUGCUUGAGUUGUUCCAGACUCACGGCUGUGGCUGAGAUUCUGGCUCUUUAGCCGAGGGGAUUCUGCAACCUCCCUGCUGAUCAGAUGGUCCUUUGUAUGUCUUCCUUGCAGAAAUUCAAACCAGCUUUCUUUUGUCUGCAGCAUAGAGGAGAAAGAACAGCUGGUCACCUUCCCAGCAGUGGAAACCGCAGUGAGGUCAUCCCCUGGUGUGUUUUUUCCCCCCAGUAGUAAAUAAUCCCACCCACUUAAGGACUUUCACAGCUCUUGUGCUCUGGGGGCUUCUCAGCCUCACGCUGUUUUGUUAUCCGAAUGACACCCAUGCCUUGUUCACAUGGGUGUUGCCUGACAACCAUGCUCCAGUUAGGAUUACAGGGAGAUUUGUGUGGGCUGGCUGCUCUCACCACAUAAAAAUAUCAUGGUGCAUAUGCUCAAUCAGAACACCACCCGUUGCUUCCUUGGUGGCAGUCCUUGUCUUGUGCUUUAUUCUCUCCUGCAGGUGAGCAGCUGGGGCUUGUGUCUGGUGUCUUCUUCAAGGCCAGCACCUGCCUACCUGCUGAGCGGCAGCUAUCCCACGCGCCAACCUGGGGUUCUAUUUUUACCUCUCUCUAGACUUGCCCUGUAUUUUGUGAAUCAUAUUGUUUAAAUGGCACACACUUCACCAGAACCUCUGGCAAGGUGAGGCCAGAGGUUGCCAAGGGCCACCUCCCGUUGACUGUUGGGGACUAUUUCCAAACACCUUGGAAUGCCUCAGGGAGGGCCUCUGGAGAAUUUCAGCCAGUAGUCUUCUUUCCUGCCUCUUGGUUCACCCUUGAUACUCACUGGGGACCCCAGAUACCUCUCCCUCCUCCUCUAGGGCUGGAUCUCUCAGUUAAGCAGGCAUAAUGUUUGAUGCAAUCAAGAGCCAGACAGAAGCGAUCACCCCCGACUGGAUAGCUAAUAUUUAUAUCACAUGGACUCUGGCCGGAAGAGAAGGAAGAAUAUUGGCCCUGUGUGGCUACCACUGGAUUAUAUUCAAUGUGUUCAUAUGUGUGUGUGUGUGUGUGUGUGUGUGUGUGUUAAAUCCAUCUUUCUCUCAAAGAAGCAUAUCAAGUUUGAACAGAAGCAAAAACUUCUGUUCAAACUCAAGUGGUCAUUUUAAGAGUAGCUUCGGUUUUUCUGAUCUGUUUAAAAACAAAAGUGUUUUUACUGUGGAAGCUUCCAUGUUAUGGAGGAGGGCCUCAGGCGUGGGGAGGACUGGUGCCCUUGUUCUGUUUUAUGUCCAAGUUUGUCCUUUCUGGGGCUUUUGGCAGAAUGGUAAGCACUGACAGCCUAUAGCACUGUGCCAUAUUUUUACAUUGGCGAUAUUGCUGGUAUAUUGUGGUAUAUUUGACUGUAUAAACAUUGUAAAUAGAUGAUAGUAAGUCAUGGCUGACAUUUGUAAGAUGCUUUUGUACCUUAGAAUUUUCUACAUCAAAUAAAAUGUUUUCUUGUAA